AUGAGGGUUUAUUACUUGAGUAUGAACCCAAAAGUCAACAUACGAGAAUCCUCAGUCCAGAAGUUGGGAUCAGUUUGUAGGAGAGUUUAUAGAAUAUUUUCUCAUGCCUACUAUCACCAUAGGAAUAUUUUUGAUGAAUUUGAGAAUGAAACUUACUUGUGUAGAAGAUUUACAAUAUUCGUAACAAAAUAUAAUCUAAUGUCCAAAGAAAAUCUCAUCGUUCCAAUUUUGGCAGAAGAAGAAGAGGGUGUAUCCAACGAAUCAGAAGCAUGAACAUUUGCAGCAAAUCAACAUCCCUGUGCCAAUUUUACCUCAUUUCAGCAGGAACCUUAAAGCUAGGCAUGCGUUUAUCACGUUAUUUAUAAAUAUUAUUCAAUUUAAGUUCAAAAUGAAUAAUUAAAUUUUAACAUUUUUUACCUAUCCAACUCUAAGAUUAAGUAUCAUCAUUGAUGUAUGUUACGCAGUAAAAAGUGAGUUGCUUUAUAAAAAAAUCUAUUAUUAAUAAAAACUGAGUAAACAAAUAAAAAAGAAACUUGAGAUUGAAAGCAAAGACCAACUCAUAGGAUCUGGGUCCUAAUUUUAUUGGCUGCGGUCAACGACAAGUUGUGAAACCUAACCUGUAAAUUUGACUGUAAGUCGGAAAAAUUAUUUUCUUAACUCAAGUUGUUUGCAAGUUGAGCUUUUUUAUGGCAGGUUAGAGCCUUGUUUAAUUCAUCAAGGAUACAAAAUAUAAUCAAUGACCGAUUAACCAUGUCAACAUUCUCGCCUCAACUUGCGACUGCUAGCUUGCUAACAAAAUUCGGGCCCAGUUCACCAUUUCUGCCAUGCUAAGGAAAAACAUGUGAACAUUUGAAUGUUGCAAAAUUUACUCUCAGCAAAUACCUAUUUUUGAGGGAAGUAAUAAUUAUUUUUCAAACACUUCAGAGCAUAUUACAUAUGCAAAAUUCUCUGUAAAUUUGGAAGAGAAACACAAAUUUGCCUGAAAAUUGGUAAUUUGUCCAAAAAAGUUUGGCAACGUCUGAAGGCUCUUAUGCCUUUUUUCCCUAGCAUGACAGAUUUGGCAUAUUAUAUUUUGUAAUCAAUAAAUUUUGGGUAUCCUCUUUUUUUCAAUAAAAAUUAUUAUCACCUGUAACAUUUCCCUAUACAAUUUAGAAUUGUAUGAAGUCAAUGUGAAAGUAAACAAAAUUUUUUCAUUAAUUUGUGAACCUAAUUAUAAAAAAGAAUAAAAACCAUUAAUCACUGUGAAA